CUUCUACCGUAGCUAGUACUAGUACCCUGCAAUGCCUCUCCUUGCUUCCACUUAUUGCUGUUGUUGUUGUCCAUGUUGUCGUUGAAACAAUUGGCUAUCCUUGCCGUUGCCGUGGCGGUGCUAUGGCGUCCCAUCGUCAUGCCCGCAUUUAUUUGGGCCGUGACGGCUCCUUACGACCCCACCAUUGGCACCAUACUUCCCGUCUUGACACCAGCGGAACUCGCGCCCUUUUACAAGAACAAGAGGGCUCUGGUGGUGGGAGGAACCCGCGGGACGGGGUUUGGAACGGCACAGGCAUUGGUAAAAGCGGGCGCUCAUGUCACCCUUGUGGGACGACGCGAAUCCACCGGUCAACAUGCCGUAACACAACUCCAACAAGUGGCGGCCACACCAGAACAGCAGAUUCAAUUUCAACAAGGAGAUAUCGGUUCGGUACGAUCCACUCUGGAAUUAAUCAAAACUCUCCAAUACAAAGCGGAGGAUACUCGCUACGAUCUUUUCAUUGUCAGUGCCGGCAUCUUUCCCGAUUGGAAAGAGCUCCGGAAUGAAGAUGGUUUGGAAAAAUCCUACGGUAUUGCCGUCGUGGGACGGUUUCUGCUGUAUAAGCAUAUGCAUCGCUUUUUGAAACCACAAGCCCGUGUUCUCAAUAUCUUGGCAUCGGGCAUGUACGUUCCCUGGAACAUUGAUAAGGAAAUGGCCAUUGGCAAGAAACUUCCUACUAAUCUGGCCAAAGCUAUGAUUAACUUCUCGACGGCUCAUGAAGUCAUGUUGGUGGGACUGGACCAACGAGAUGACGAGGAGACCAUGAUGUCAACCUUUACACGCGUCUCGACACAUCCGGGAGUGGUAGAAACCCAACUCCAUGCAGGACAAGGAUGGUUCCUGGAUACUGCCAUGAGAUUGGGGGAACAAAUAAUUGCGACCUCCGUCGAGGAUUGUGGGCUGAUGCAAGCCAGUAUUCUGGCAUCCGACCAGCUACCCCCCGGAAAACUGUCGUAUGUGGAUGCCUUUGGAAUGGGCCGACUACGAAGCGCGGCUUUGCAACAGCAAGUGGAGGAACACUUGGAUUGGUUGUGGUACACACUGCUUCGAUUGGAACAAUCCAACGGUAGGACCAAGAAUCAAUCUACAGAAUAAAAACGCUACUGUGUUCCUUCCAUCCAAAGCUAAUGUCUCAUCCUCGUGCGUGUCUAUGGAGACGGACUAGAAGUCAUACCGUAGAAGCGGCUACGUCUUAGCAAAAACAGCUUUAAAUUAAACCAGCGAACACACCGUUACGGUA